AUGGAAGAAGCCUCGAGUGAUGAUGUUCGUGUUGAUAACCCAGCUGUGAGGAACUGCCACCAACGCUGCGGCAACCCUGACCGGUCACUUCCUCUUGGUGUGUUCUCUGGCGAAUGUCUGGGAAUCAUUGAGGAACUCCCUUCAGCUCUCAACAUGUCUGAUGUGGAAGGAGAUGAUAUCCCUGGCGCUUCUAUGGGAGGUGCGAUGGACAUCAAUACUGCAAUUCAGGAGGUGUUGAAGCAAGCACUCACUCAGGAUGGUAUUGCUCGUGGUCUACGGGAGGCUGCCAAGGCACUUGACAAGCGUAAGGCACUGUUGUGCAUCCUGGCGGACAAUUGUGACGAACCGCAGUACAAGAAACUUGUCCAGGCCUUGUGUCAAGAACAUCACAUCCCAUUGAUCACUGUAGACAGCAACAAGAAGCUUGGAGAGUGGUCUGGCCUUUGUAAGAUCGAUAAGGAUGGCAAGGCAAGAAAAGUCGUCGGCUGCAGCUGUGUUGUGGUGAAGGUGAGUCAUUCUGGUGGGAAGACUUGUAUUUCGAUAAAUUAUUUGUUCUUGUUUGGGGACUGGGGGAAGGAGAGUGCUGCCCAUGACUUCCUCAUGGAUUAUCUGAAAAAUAAAGCUUGAGGAUGCCUUGUUGAUUUGA